CCCCCCCCCCCAGGCCCCCCGUGGCCGGCGGCUAUAAGAGGACCCGCGCGCCGCUCGCCGCCCCAGUGCGCACCCUGCGCCCCGGCUCCGCGCUGCUCCGCCCGCGUCCUGCCCGCUAUGGCUCCCGACCGCGUCCGGCGCGCGCUGCCCGCGCUCCUGGCCCUGCUCGCGGCUCUGCUGCCAGGCCCCGGGGACGCGCAGACGUCGGUGUUCCCCUCGGAAGUCACGCUGCCCCGUGGCGGCUCCACGCGGGUCAACUGCAGCGCCGCCUGCGCCGAGCCGUCGAAGCUCGGCCUGGAGACGCAGCUGAGCAAGGAGGAGGUGGCCCACGGGGACAACUGGAAGGUGUUCGAGCUGAGUGACGUGCAGGAAGACAGUACCCUCAUCUGCUUUUCCGACUGUGAGAGCCAGUCCAUGGCCUCUGCCAGGCUCACGGUGUACGCAACCCCGGACAGCGUGGAGCUGGCGCCCCUGCCCCCCUGGCAGCCCGUCGGGGAGGACCUCACCCUGCGCUGCCGGGUGGUGGGCGGGCAGCCCCGGGCCCAGCUCUCGGUGCUGCUGCUCCGCGGGGAGGAGGAGCUGAGCCGGCAGCCGGCGCUGGGGGAGCCCGCGGAGGUCACGGCCACGGUGCAGGCCGACAGAAGCGACCACGGCGCCAAUUUCUCCUGCGUCACCGAACUGGACCUGCGGCCCCUGGGCUUGGAGUUGUUCAAGAACGUCUCGGCCCCCAGGCAGCUGCAAACGUUCGAGCUGCCGGUGACUGGGCCACAGCUGGCCGCCACCCCCGCAGUCGUGGAGGUGGGCGCUCAGUGCCACGUGUCCUGCUCCCUGGAUGGGCUCUUCCCUGCCCCGGAGGCGCAGGUCCAGCUGGAACUGGGGGGCCGGAAGCUGGACGCCACCGUCAGUCACGGCAAGGACGCGGUCAGCGCCAUGGCCUCCGUGCGUGGGACAGCGGAGGAGGAAGGUGCCCAGCAGGUGGUGUGUGCGGUGCUACUGGGGAACCGGCGGGUGGAGGCGACGGCCGAAGUGACUGUGUACAGCUUCCCAGCUCCCAACCUGACCUUGAGCGAGCCAGAGGUCUCCGAAGGCACCGAGGUGGUUGUGCAGUGUGAGGGCCACGACGGAACCAGGGUGACGCUGGACGGUACCCCAGCCUGGCCGGUGUCCGCGCGGGCCCAGCUGCGGCUGAACGCCAGCGCCGAGGACAACGGGCGCCGCUUCUCCUGCUCUGCCGCCCUGGACGUGGCCGGGCAGGUGCUACGCAAAAACCAGACCCGGGAGCUGCGUGUGUUGUAUGGCCCGAGACUGGACGAGAGGGACUGCCUGGGAAACUGGACUUGGCAGGAGGGCAGCCAGCAGACUCUGAGAUGCGAGGCCUGGGGGAACCCGCGCCCGGAGCUCAGCUGCCGCCGCGAGGGAACCGGGGCUCCGCUGCCCAUCGGCGAGCUUAGGCCCGUCCAGCGCCAGUUCGCGGGGACCUACCUCUGCCGGGCCGUGAGUUCUCGCGGGGAGGUCACCCGCGAGGUCUUCAUCCACGUGCUGCCCUACAAGCACAGUAACGUGGUGAUCAUCAUCGUGGUGGCGGCCGUGGUCCUCCUGGGCACCUGGGGCACCGCUGCCUACGUCUACAACCGUCAGAGGAAGAUCAAAAAGUACAAGCUGCAGAAGGCACAGGAGGCGGCCACCGUGAAGCUGAACACGCCGCAAGCCUCGCCGUCCUGAGCCCCUGCCCCCCACGCGCCGGCCACGCUGAGCAGAGCGGUGGACCCGGGCCACGGAGCUGCAGCCACGUCCUCCUCCGGCCACGGUGGGGGGAGGGGGUGGCAGGACACAGACAGCAUUUUGGGGUCAUGGUACCUGCACAGCCGGGACUGCCCCAGGCCUCGGGCCUGACCCGUAGCCAAAGAACUGGACCAGGAGGAGGGAACUGAUCCAGGAGCCUGGCCUGGCCAGAGAGUGAGAGAGUGGACACACGACCCGGCCGUGGGAACGGGCACGCACUCUCGCAGCAGGCGGAGACCCCACGGCACUAAGGAAGACGUGACAGCCCGCACAGACACUUGGAGCGUGGAAACACAGCUGCUCUUUUAACUCUUGA